GACGAACCAUUUUGAGAGCGUGAACAUUAGAACUGCAGUUUGUGACCAGUUAACAGAUCUAAAUUGUGUUAAUAAACUUCUGAGGAAAGCCUGCUGUGUUUUUGAGAGAGUUGCUGAUAUUGUUCAGAGACACAGAAGAGUCAUCAUUUCCUUCUAAUGGAGUUUUGGAACAUAUCCAAUUUGCAUCUGUACCCUUCCUUGGCAUCAUCAACAUGACAUCUAGCCACACCAUUCAAUGAAAUACUGAUUCAAAGAACUUCUCAACAAUGGACAACUGUCCCACUCUUCGUGUGCUUCUCAUGAUCUCCAUCAUGCCUGGCUGGCUAGGGGGUGACUUUAUAAUCUCAAAAAAACAGAUCCAUUCAAGUGAAAUCUCCCAUCGGACCCAUCUGAGAGUGAGACGAGGCUGGAUUUGGAGCCAUAUAUUUGUUGAAGAAGAAGAUCCAACUCCAAGAAAGAUUGGUCAGCUCAAAUCAGAUUACGACACAGGGGACUUUACUAUCAAGUACAUCCUCUCAGGUGAAGGAGCCAGUGAAAUGUUCAAAAUUGACGAGUACACAGGUGACAUUUAUUUAUCACAACGUCUGGACCGUGAGCUGAAGCCCUUCUACAUACUACAAGCCCAGGCCAUUAACCGCAGCUCCAAGCAGCCUGUUGAACCUGAAUCUGAGUUCAUCAUUAAAGUCCAGGACAUCAAUGACAAUGCUCCAGAAUUCAUUAAUGAGCCCUAUGUAUCCAGCAUCCCAGAAAUGUGUCCCACCGGAACCACAGUUAUCCAGGUGACAGCCACAGAUGCUGAUGACCCUAUGUUUGGGAACAAUGCUAAACUCAUCUAUUCCAUCCUGGAAGGGGAGCCCUACUUCUCAGUGGAACCCAAAACAG